AUGCUCGCCGAUCCUGUGAAAGUCCAGAUUCCCACAUCUUACGAGACGCUACCUGUCCAACAUAUCAAAGUAUCUCAUUACCCGGAAAAUGCCCCUGAAGCCACCCCAGUCAUUGUUGUCACAUUGAAUCGGCCAAAACAAGGCAAUGCAUUCACCGUCCAAAUGAUGCAUGCCUUUGAGCUGGUCUAUCCAAUGCUGGAUCUGGACGAAAGGGUAAAAUGUGUGGUUCUUACCGGAGCCGGCAAGUUCUUUUGCGCUGGGGCAGAUCUUGAUAUUGGAUUUCCCAGUGAUGGGAGCAGAGAAAGACUAGUGGACCAUCGAGAUAGUGGAGGACGUCUAAACCUCGCAAUCUACCGGUGUCGGAAACCAACCAUUGUGGCGCUCAAUGGUUCAGCCGUUGGCCUAGGGCUGACGAUGGGUCUUUCGGCGGCCAUAAGAAUAGCCCAUGCAUCCUCAAAGUACGGCUUUGUUUUCGCCCGUCGUGGGAUCACAAUGGAAUCUAACUCCUCGUUCUUUCUACCACGAUUGAUUGGCCACUCUAAUGCUUUGUACCUCCUGACGACCGGCGAUGUUUAUCGUGGGGAUAGCAAGCAUUUUGGAAGUCUAUUUCAGGAAGUCAUCGAGGACCCAGCGGGCGUUUUGAAGAGAGCAUUGGAACUUGCAACAAACAUUGCAGAAAAGACAAGCGUUUUGGCAGGCUUCAUGAAUCGAGAAUUGAUGUGGAGAGGCAAGCCAUCAGCGGAGGAGACUCAUCUUUUGGACAGUGCGGUCCUGUACCACAUGUUCGCGAACAAGGACUGCAAAGAGGGCGUGCAGAGUUUCAUGGAGAAACGAGAUGCAAACUUCUCGGCCACCCUUGAAGAAGAUGGGCCGCCGUUCUAUCCUUGGUUUGCCGAGGUCGAUACAGGAUCGCGAACUCGACGAGACAAUCUAGGCAAGUCGAAGCUGUAA